GCAACUUUAUUUUUCCUACUCACACAUACACACACACACUUUUAGCGACGUACUCAAGCAAUAAAAGACUAUAUAAGAUACGAUCAAAAUACCCAAAAAACAAAUCAAAUUCAGCAUUUACGAGAAAAGUCUGCGUGUAGAAAAGGAAAAAAAAACAACAAAAAAACAGAAAAGCAACAACGUAGUGCUUGUCAAACUGCAGAAUACCAAAAUGUUGCAAGCGCAAAAACAAAAGCAAACCAAGAGAAGCAACAACAAGAGCAGAAACAGCACUAACAAUUGCCAUUGCAAUUGCAACAGCAACAACAACAACAAAGCGACGUUUCAGCGUCGCAAAAUUACAACGAUAACAUAAACGAGCAAUCGAGCGAGAUAGUUAAAGAGCGAGAGGAAAAGAAAGGAGAAGUUUUGUUUUGCAAUUUCCCUUCCAAUCCGCCGCCCUUCCCCUUUUCCCUUCCCUCUUCUUUGGCUGUGUGCGUGUGUCUGUCUGCCUGUCUGUAUGUGCCCUCUCAGCUGAGGAUAAUUUAAUUAUUUUAUUUGUACUAAGCGCGCGUUAUGGCACAGCAGCAGCAACAACAACAGCAACAUCACAGCAACAACAACAACAGCAUUCUCCUUCUUCAGCACCAGCAGCCACAACAAGAAGAACAACUACAGCAAUACAAUAACAAUUUGUAUAGCCAAAAUUAUAAUAUGGAGGAGUACGAGCGGCGAAAAAGACGAGAGCGUGAGAAAAUCGAGCGACAACAAGGCAUACAGAUCGACGAUCGGGAGACUAGUCUUUUCGGGGAGCCGCGGCGGCUGACAGAGGGAGAUGCGGAGAUCACGGCCGCCCUGGGGGAGUUCAUCGAGGCGCGGGUGUACAUCAAUCAGUCGACGGUGGGGAUCAGUCGAAAUGCGCCCGGCGCCGGCAAUCCGCGCCUGCAGGCGCCACUGCCGUUGCAAGCCAAAUCCCUUGGCCACUCACCCUCCUCCGCGUCAUCAGGUUCCACUUCCGCAUCCUCCGCAACAUCAGCGCUGCCCGGCCAGCAACAACAACAGCACCACCAGCAACAGCAGCGACCGCCGACGUAUCUGAAGCAGGCGGACAACAAGCCGCCAUACAAUGGACGCGGCGGCUAUCCGGGCCAGCCCAUGAAGAAUGACAUUCCGUCAAGCAGUGGCAUGGCUCCGCCACGGGGCCCACCCAGAUCCAAUAGUUCCAGCAACAGCAACUCGUCCAGCGCCACAAACAACGCCAGCAGCGGCGGAGUCCCAGCCAGCACGGUGUUGGGGCCACCUCUAUCCACCCAGAUGCCCAAUGGGCGGGAGAAGUCCUUUAUUGGGCCGCCGCCUCCGACGCUGCACAACGGCACCGACAGACGCUUUGUGCCACCAGCGGUCAGCAAGCGACCAGGAGCGGGACAGCAACCGCCGCCUCCGGAGAAGGACGUCAACAAGAUAUUUAGCGAUAUAGCGAAUAGCUUCUCGUUCACGCCGCUCACAUCGAUAGCAGCCACGCCGCAUGCGCCAACGCGUGAAAACUAUAACCUAACGGCCCCCAAUAAACAAAAGUAUGCCAUCGACAUGAUCGGAUCACCGCCCUCCGCUGAGCCUUCGGUCGUCUUCUUCCCGCCCUCCGCUGAACCUUCGGUCGCCUUCUUCCCGCCCAUUGCGCCUAUUGCCUCGCCAAUCGCCCCGCUGUUAACAACACCACCACAGGCUAGCCAACUGCCCUUGGGCGGAGUAACAGGUGUAACGACGUCAGCAGGAGAGGUUUUGGCGCCGCUCCACCAACUGCCACCCACUCCGCCCAAGGCAGCUUCCAUUGUGACGUCACCGGUAUUGGCCAAGCCGCUUAAAACGGAAAAGAACCACUCGCUGGAGAAGCAGGACUCGUGCCUUGAAAACGAUCUGGAGCUUUCCGAUUCGGAUGACGACCGUAAGAAGGAGAGUCGAUCGGCGGUCAACAGCAGCAACAGCUCAGAGUCGGAUUCCAGUGAAUCGGGCAGCGAAUCAAGCAGUAAGAAUGAUCUGCAGCACGAUCCCAACCACCAGCAGCCGCAUCAACAACUGCAGCAGCAGUUAUCUAUCCAGCAGCAGCAGCAAGUGCUCCAGCAACAGCAUCGGCCCCAACCACUGACGUCCAACGGAGCCCAGAAUAAGAAGUAUAGGCAUGAGAUCAUUGCCCGUGGCAGCAAUACGAUAACAGGACUGCUCAGCUCCAGUGGAUUUGCAAGUAGUGGCAGUGGAGGAUCCGGUGUAAACUCCAAUGCAUCUGUCGCCGCAGGAAGUGGAUCAGGCGGAACUUUGAGCAGCGGAGGCAGCUCCUCAAACAAGACACCGUCGCCAACGGAGAGCAACAAGUGGACGCUAAGCCGGUUUUUCCACAAACCAGCCAAUCAGACAAACUCCGAAAGCGUCUCGCCCGGCAAUGUGAGCAUGAAGGUGCCUGGCAUCCUGCCAGGGGGCGCCCAAAUCAUUCCCGAGUCCAUUGAUGUGACCACGGCGAUUGUAAAGAACGAAAAAAUCAACGACGAUCACAUGGAUAUGGAGGAAGGCGAGGAGGAGGACGACGACGAGGAGCAGCAGCAGCAAUUGCGCUAUGGAGCUGGAUUGAGUGUCACACCGGUGGCAGUGAAAAAGGAGGCCAUCGAUGCCGUAUCGGAGCUGGCACUGGGGGCGAUACCAAAAAACCAAAUCAAACGCGAGUCGGCGGAGGUGCAGAAUGCAGCCCGACUCUCGGAUUCCGGGACCAGUGUCAGUGGCAGCUCCUCGAGCAGCAGCAGCAGUUCGGACAGUGCGACUGGUGGCGAGGUGGUGCCCAUGCCGGGUCCCGGUGAAACGCUUCAGCUGCCCGGUGUUCCAGCCGCCAUCACAACAGUUAUGCGAGUGCCGCCACCUCAGUCACAAAAGGCUCCACAGAGCAACAGAGUCACCCUCACGCCUAUCCUUCCACUGCCCACGUCACCGAAGCAAAGGCAAAAGAAGCCGCGCAAGAAAAAGCCAGCCACAAGUGCCCCCAUUCUUGACUCGAGCGAUGACGACGAACCGCCGCCCAAGCAUCCUGGUCUGGACCAUUCAGCAGUUUCAGUUCAAGCGCAGCCCGCAGCAGAUACAGUGAAAAAGGGACGUGGACGACCUCGAAAACAGCAGCAGAGCGGUGGCAGUGGCAACCUCAGUAGUGCAUCCGCCGGAAGCAGCUCCCAGACCAAGGGUCCCACGCUUACCGCCGCCAAGAAGCCGCUCGCUAAGACACCUCUAGCCAUGAGCAGAGCGAGAAAACGCGACCAUUCCAGCCAAAGCAGCUCCAACGGCAACACGCCCACCAAGAAGUUGGCGACGCCCCUGCUGGUCGCCGCCUCCCUUAAGCCGAAGGAUGUCCAUGCUGGCAGUAGUAGCUCCGACGAGGACAGCUCCUCAAGUGCCGGCUCCAGCUCCAAGUCGAGCAGCUCCUCUAGCAGCAGCGACGACACGGAAACGCAGAACACGAACUGCCGAAUAGUCAAGCUGAACAAGACGAACGCAGUUCCGCCGAAGGCGCUGCUGGGCAGCGGGAGCAGUUCGCCGAGCAGCAGUGGCAGCGAACAGGAGGAUCAGGCCAGAACGCAGAUCGGAAGUGGACAAUCGCUUACGCAGCAGCUACCGUCUUACAAACCGCUCCCGGUUAGUCAGCAUAGUCAACAGCUUAGCAGUUCCGAGUGCUCUUCAUCGAGCGGUGGUUGUGGAGGCGGCGGUGGCGGCAGCAGCAGUAGCGGCGAAGAGGACGAGGCGCGGCGCGAGAAAGAACGCGAACGGAAACCCAAGAGCGACAAGAACAAGAUAAACACGCUGACGAGGAUCUUUAAUCCGAAGGAGGGCGGCGCCAAGAAGCAGGGUCAGGUUGUAAUAAUGGACCUGCAGGAGGAGCAACAGCAGGGAAAGCUGGAUGCGGUGACACAGCCACUACAGGCUCCAGCGGUUGUCGCUGCCAACGUUAUUGCGAAAACACGGAUGACGCCCACGCAGCAGCAACAGUUGGGAGCCGGCCUAGCUUCUCCAGCGAGAACAACCACACCACACCUUACCUCCUUGAUCUGCAAGAUCGAUUUAAGCAAACUCUCGCGAGAGCGCAUCAUGCGCCUUAAGAAACUUACGCCCGCACAGCAGAAUGGCCAUCUGACGCCCAAGGAUCAGUCGGCGACAGCAGUUCAUGUGCCCAACGGCUAUGCCGUCGAUACAAAUCCCGCGACCAAGGUCAAGCACGAGCAUCCAGUGAAACCGGAGCCGGAGCUGGACGCCGGCUAUGAGGCCAAAUUCAAGCCCAGCAGCGUGAAGCAGGAGUUCCAGCUUAAGCAGGAGCGCGACCGGGACAGGGAAAGGGAGAGAGAGCGGGAGCGGGAAAGAGACCGCGAACGUGAACAACCUCCCGGGCGUCGGCGGAAGCGCAGCUCUAGUUCCAGUUCGAGUCCCUACAAGGAGAAGAAGCGGAAAAAGGAGAAGGCCGACCAGUUACAGAUGGGAAAGGAGCUGCUGCCUGUGCCUGUGCUUCUGCCAUCUAACAACCACGAGCGAAUGCAAAACCAUGAUCGCUUGUCAUACGACAAGCUGCAGCUGCUCCAUGAAGACGCGGCCGCCGCUGCAGCUGCUGUUGUUGUGGGUGAUGUGUCCGCUCCAAAUGGCAGUCCCAGCAAAAAGCUGCUGGCCAUGUCACCCCUACCGCCUCCACCGACGGUGGCUACCGUCGCCUUGGUAGCACCCGCCACUUGCAAUGAGGCUGUGCAGACAACAGCGCCCUUGGCGACGCCAAUGGCAGUAGCAGCCACUGGGGCAUCAGUUUUAGCAGUAAGAGCUCCUCCGGCGCCAGUCACGAAGCUUAUCUACCGCUCCUACUUUGAUCGCGAGGAGGAGCAUCCCAGCGACGAUCACAGAAAAAACAAUCAGUUCCUGCAGGAGGCUAUCAAUCGAAAACAUGCCGCCGACUCGGAGCGCGACUCCUUCAACCAGGUGACUUUGUAUUUGGAAGCCGUUGUCUACUUUCUGCUGACGGCCGACGCUAUGGAGCGCUGCAGCUCCGAGGCGGCCACCUACACCAUGUACAAGGAUACCCUGUCGCUUAUUAAAUUUAUAUCCACCAAGUUUCGUCCCUACCAACAGUCAACGAACGGGCAGCACGAAACGCACAACAAAGUGGCCAUACUCAGUUUGCGCUGCCAAUCGUUGAUAUCGCUAAAGUUAUAUAAACUACGGAGGGCAAACUGUCGCGCCAUCAUUGCCAACCUCACGGAUUUCUUUCGCGUUGGCAGGGGGGACAUUGUCAACGGCAACACGCCGUCCUCCAUAUCACCGUCGAAUUCGGUAGGCUCGCAGGGCUCCGGUUCGAACACGCCGCCAGGCAAAAUAGUGCCUCAAGAUAUACACAAUCAGCUGUGCAAGCAGAAUGAGUAUCUGAGUUAUGUGAGUAGUGCUCACGAGUUGUGGGAUCAAGCCGAUCGAUUGGUACGCACAGGCAAUCAUAUAGAUUUCUUUCGCGAACUGGAUCACGAAAACGGCCCGCUAACGCUGCAUAGCACCAUGCACGAGGUGUUCCGGUAUGUGCAGGCGGGUCUCAAGACGCUCAGGGAUGCCGUGUCGCAUCCGACGCAUCAGUCGCAGUAGCGACAGCGGCAUCAUCAACCGCAAACGCAACGGAAUCGGAGACGGAAACACCACCAAACGUGUCUAAAUAAAAGUCAGGCCAAAUUAGCAACUAUUAUCUACUACAAGCUACUAAUUUAGUUAGUCAACAAAGGAGAAACGAAAGAAAAGAAAUCGAAACCAACAACCUUCCAACAAAACGAAGAUAACCACAACAAAAAAAACAACACAAGAAAUGAUUUGUUAUUAAUUUAUAAUUUUUAUAUGUAUGUAUUUUGUAUAUGCACACCAUUUACUUAUUUCCUUAUGCUCAAUUUUCAAUUGUUUUAAGCAUGUUAAGCUUUAUAUUUAUGCCUAGUUUUAAUUGAUAUUACCACAAACGAAAAAAAACAAACACACAUUACAAGUUAUAUUAGCUAUACGUCUAGUCUGUAAGCUCAAAAACAAAUAUCCAGCCCCUUUCCAGUCUCACCCCAAAAAACACAAACAUUUUAGUUGAAUUUUGUUUUUUUUUGUAUGCGUACAGUGCACAGGAGGAACGGCUUUUUAAAUUGUUUAAGUUUUAGUUAAUUUUGCUUUGCAGCCUUGGUAAGGAAAAAUGUUAGCAAAUAUAAAUAUAUAUAUUAUCGCCAAUAUAAAGAAAAGUUAUAGUUAUAAAUUCUUUGUAAUAUUUCAAUAUGAAUUAUGUUUAAUGCAACUAUUUUAUUAAUUUUAAAUUAAUUUCUUAAAAAGCAAUCACAACACGUUUUUAGAACAAAAUACAUGAAUGAAAACAAUAUAUAUAUAGAUUAAUAUAUAUUUAAAAUAUAUAUAUGGAAAUGUAUCCUUUGUUUGGUUUUAUUUGUUUUACCCAACCAACCUGUCCCCAAGAUAUUCGAUUUAAUUCAUAAUGGGUGCCUCAAAACUCUCACACAGACGCAACAACUAAUAGUGCAUUAGUAGACUUAAACGAGUUAAAAAUCAAUCGAAAUAGACUUGCCCUUGAAAUAGAUAUAUAAGCUGUACAUAUAGCCGCCGAUAUACAAGAAAUAUAUUUUUAAAUGCCAAAAAAACGGAAUGAUGUAAACUACUUUAAGCCGAUUGCAAUCGGCAGGAUUUGGGAUAGGAUAGGUUGGUAGACAUAUGUAUGAACAUAAUGGGCAUAUAUAGAGGGAUCGUUGAGUUAAACAGUCAGCAUUUUCUCGUUGACUCAUUUUUGGCAUAUAGAAAAAUCGAAAACUACGAAAAUCAAAGUAAAACUGUAACGAAAAACAAAACAGAAAGCAAACAACAAUUAAAAUGAUUAUUAAAUUAUUAUUAAUAAUGGUUCUGGGGAAACAAAGCAUUCGCAUUCAACAAUUGAAAUGGAAAACAAACAUUUAAAUUAUAGACAAAUUUUAAGUUGCCACUAAAGAAUGCCGAUGGAGAAUAUGCGCAAUUUUAUUGUGCAAUGCAAUUAAGUGUAAUUAUUAUAAAUUAAUACACAUACAUAUGUAUUGUUAAUAAUUAAAACGCUGUAAAUAAUACAAUUACGUAGACAGGAACACUCGGACACACACAUGCAUAUAAUUAAAUUAAACAUAAUUACAUGCAUAUUUAUACACACUUAUAUAUGGGUAUAUAUAAAGAUAUAUAAAUAUAUAUAUUUUUAUAUAUAUACACGAUGAAUAAAACUAAACCAACGUAGAAAUUAUAGUUAAAUUUUUCAAAACGACAAGAUUAACUUGCAGCAAUAUGCAACCGACAACAACAAGAACAGUAACAACAAAUACAACAAACGAAAUGCGCCUAGUAAUAGUUAAUAAUUAUAUUUUGUUAAGCGUUAUUGUAGUGAAACAAAGCAAGCAGGCAGAUCGAACAGCAAAACCAACAGAAUUAAGUUUUAAGCUGAACAUUUGAAAAGCAAGGCGAGAAGAAAACCAAAAUAAAUGCAAAACAGCAAGUUGUUCAUAAACAAAACUAGAAGUAAAUAUAUAUUUUGUACAAAUAUAAUUAAAUUCAGCCGCAGCUAAAACCAAGUACACUUAUUAAAGUUUAAGCAACAACAAACAGAAACAACCAAUUUAAUAUGCAAUUACCGUAACAGUAGUUGAUAAAUCAAACGAAUAAAACAUCAAAAAUUGUAACAUUUA